AUGAAAAAAUAUAAAGGCUCCCUACUUACAGUACUGAUAAGCAGCACAAUCGGGUGGAACUUGAACAGGCUAUAUCGGCAAAACGAAUUGAGUAUGCAUGGGGUUAGGAACAACCAUGAUAUAAUCGUAGUUAGACAAGUAAACAUUUCUGAUAAGAAGAGCCCAGACAAGCACCUCCACAGCGAAAACAACAAAAACAGCAAAAACAACAAAAACAACACAGCUACGAGCACCAAGGGAACCCCCCAGCCAGCCAUUUUAAACGAAAAGGAGCUACUAAAUUUGGUGCAGCAUUUUAACGAUAUCAAUAAAAAACACAAGGGAUUCUGCGAAACAAGCAUCUUUAAAAAUUCCACCUUCUCAAAAACAAAUAACGAACAUAACGGUGAGGACAGUUUUAACACAUACUUGAUAAUAGACAAAUGGAAAAGAAAAAACGAAUUUGAAAAGUCCAAAAAGGAGUUCGAAAUUUUGUUUGCACAGAAAAAUCACAUAUAUGAUAAAAAAAUGGAGAAUAUUUAUCUGAACUAUGAAAUGUAUAAUAAUAAUUACGAAACUGCCUCGGCACAAAAUAUUUUCCAGAAAUUGUACUACUUUAUUUUUGACUAG